AUGAUACAAGGAACUACUAGGGCUUUUGAUAAUAUCGAGACUAAAUUCGAGAAGGUUGAGUCAAGGAUUGAUCAAAUAGAUUCAUCACAGAAGAUGUUGGAAAUGCAGAUUGGCCAAAUCGCUAAUAAGGUAGGUGUUCGAGAUCAGGGAUCACUACCUAGUCAACCAGAUGUGAAUGUUAAAGAACACUGCAAGGCUAUCACGUUGAGGAGUGGAAGAGAGUUACCAGAUUUUAAAACUCCUAAAUUGAAUGAUGCAACUUUUCCUCCUAAAAAGAGAAAGUGGUCAUAUCAAACUACUGUGAAAAAAGCUGAAAAGAUUGCGGAUGAGCCAAAAGAUGAGACUCCACCGAAAGCUCAUGUGAAAGAAUAUGUGCCUCCACUCCCUUUUCCACGAAGAUUGACAAAUUGGAAGUUAGAGAAGCAAUACGAGAAAUUUAUAAAGAUGUUUCGGGAGAUACACAUUAGCAUUCCUUUUGCUGAUGCUUUGGCUCAAAUGCCCCUUUAUGCUAAAUUCAUGAAAGAGGUAUUAUCUAAUCGCAAGAAGCUAGAGGCGGUGGAGAAAAUCAGUCUUAAUGAAGAGUGUAGUGCGGUUAUUCAACGCAAGAUCCCUCCUAAACUAAAGGAUCCUAGGAGCUUUUCUUUGCCUUGCACUAUUGGGAAAGUCAGAGUAAAAAAAGCAUUGUGUGAUCUUGGAGCUAGUGUGAGUUUGAUGCCAUACUCUAUCUAUAAAAGACUUGGUUUGGGAGAGUUAAAGAAAACAAGGAUAUCACAUCAACUUGCGGAUCGAACUAUAAAAAAUACUUGA